CCUUUACACUUUUUUAUAAUAUGCCCGAUUAAUUUGCAUGCUUUUGAUACAUUUCUUAAACUAAUAAAUAGCAUUACUAAUCCACAAAAAAGCAUAAAAAAUACUUAUUUUAAAAUUGCGCAAAAUGCGCAGUAAGGUUACUAUUUUAAAUGACAAAAGAUACUUUUUCAAAAUAUAACAGCAGGAGGUUACCUUUUAUUGCACCCUAAAAUAAUUACUUUGGUUAGUACAUCUUAUGAAUAAUUUGCAUAGCCAACACUAAACAUAUGUGUUUUCUUCAAUCGAGGUGAAAUAUUGUGUGAUCGUUCUCGGCUAACCUAACACAUAUACAUAAAAAAGAAAGGUCUUACUCGGCUUGAUCUAGAGUCUGUUUAUGAUAGAGGCCCGCAGAGAAAAAUCAUACAUUACGUCCAUCGUUUUUCGGGAGUUCUAAACACCCCCUUCUGUCAUGCCAUUCAUACUAUAUCUAAUGCACGUACUACACGUACACUUUUCUGGAGCCCAAUCUUCUCCUCAAAAUGUUGGACGUAAUUUUUAAACGUCCCCAGUGUGAAACUCGAUGAAUUAUCAAGUCGGCUACCUAUCGAGAGUACCAGCAAUUAUUCAAACCGAAUGCCCAUAAGAAAUGUUCGUGAUUGGCCAAAAUAGCAACCAAACGUGAGAAUGUGGCCUAAACUAAUGCUGUACUUCUGGUCAACGUCGUUUUUAUACCAAAAGCAAAUAGAGACUAGGCCAUUUGGGAAGAGGAGCCUAUUUUGGGCACCUUCCACUGUAACUCGGACAAAUUUACAUCAAUUGACAUACACGUUGCUCACCAUGUACAAAAACUUAAGCCAAAUGUUAUACCGCAUUUAGUUCACCACUGGACUGCGCACUGAGUCUUCAUAAGUGCGAAAACGUAAAUAAAACUGCGCGAUUGCAUCAAAUCAAAAUGAUGUCUUCGGCGCACUAAUUCUUCGAUGUAUGCUGAAUAAGUGGUCUGAAGACACCGAGUUGAUUGGAUGCUAUCGCGCACUUUUAUUUGCGUUUUCGCACUCUUGAAAACUAGUGCGAUAGUCCAGUAGUGAACUAAAUACGCUAUAUAAAAUAAACUGAGUUACAGCGUAAGGUGCACAAAAUAGGUCCCUACCCAAAUGAUCCCAGACUCUAUUAGUUUUUCUGCAUUUUUCCUACCUACAAAAUAAAGAUUGAAGCUUUUCAUUUGACAUAUUGGUAUUUUUUAUAAUUUUUUUUGAUUAUUUAAAAAAAUCUCUUAGACUGGCUAAAACCGGCGAAUGUAUCAUAUAUGAAAUUCUUGCAUUAGGUUUCGUGCAACUUUUUUUUGAUGAACUCAAUUAGAAAUCAAAAUUUGUCUAAGUUUGUAGAAGAAGAAAAAUAACAUUAAAAAGAAGUUAUCUUUGCGGGACUCUGCCAGGCUUUUACAGGCUUCAGUUUGAUCUUUUGCAACUUUAACUCACAUAAUAUGAAAAAAACAAGCUUUUAUUGACGUAAAACCCAACUUCCUCCGAACUGUUCUGAUACUAAUAAAAACCGUUAAAUAUGUUUACAGAUAACGAUAUAACUACCGUACACACGUUUUUGAUGCUGUCGCAAGAAAUGGUCAUGUCAACACUACAAAUGAAACUUGGUUCGUGGUUGAGGAUUCAAAGGCUUCAGCAAGAAUUUCGAGAAUCUGGAAUACUUUCAGAGACAACAUCAGCAUCUUUGAACAACAGCGAUCAAAACCUUCUGGAUCCAUCCAUUGACAAGGACGCAGUAAUAAAAGUGCUGGAAUCAAGUAGCGAAUGUCAGAAGUUAUUGAGAGGAAAAUUGGCAGAAGGAGCGACGUUAUUGAAGAAGGAGAAACAUAAGAUCAAUCGAACACUAUGCGACCAUUUCUUUGCGAAUGAAAUAAAUGCUGGAAGAUCAAUUACAUCUGCAACAAAAAGGAAGCUUGCUCAAUCUAUCAUCACGGCUUUUGAUUGCCUGGCUUGCAACUCUGAAGAAAAACCAGCAGAGGCUGAGUUCUUCUGGGAGCACAAUGGACAAACUACAGGGGAACAUACAGGCUUUAUUCACUUCUGGGUGCGUAACAAGCAAGCCCAAGCGCCACCGACUGUGAGGAAGAAGCGCAAAAGUUUCGUCAAUUUGAGCCGCGAAGUGUCAGAAGCUGUGGACGAACUUAUGGAGUUGGAUGAGACCGCCGAUUUUACAACCGUCGAACAACUAAUGGAAUCUACAUUCCACUAUCGAGAUGGGCUGCGCAACCGGAAAGUGCAGUGCAAUGAGCUGUUGACUCAGUUCCCACAUUUCAUAUUCUAUGAAGGCCAAUUGAUUCAUUACGAGUUUGAAAUGAUGUUCCCGGAUAAAGAAGCCACGCGAUUGUUUUCAACUAUUGUGCCGUUAUGCCUCGUUUUGAAUCAGUUCUAUGAUGAAAUUGCUAGUGUUGGCGUAAAAGCUCUUUUGAAAAUCAUGGCCGAACUAACCCACCAGGGUAACGUAAGAAAAUCUAACCCUUCAAAUCUACCACCAUUGGAAGAUUUUGCGUCAGUGUUUGUGAGGUGGAAACAAGAUCCAGAAGAUGAAAUGGAGGGAUCUGAAGUGCCUUUCAUUUUCUGCGAUACGGUUGCCUUCGCAGAGGGCGCGUAUUUCGUUGUGUUGGAGAAAGGAGCCAUCGCUUGCGGGACAGACUUUUUCAUCGCGUUGGAUUUACUAUUGAAGGCGAUGAAAGUGCUGAAUAUUAGUGUACCGAGUAAAGCUAAGAAAACUGUUGAUUUUUUUUUAUGUUUUUGUUUACAAAAUUCUUAAACACAGCCGUGUGGCUCGUGUCAACGAUUUAUGCGAUCAUUUAAGCAAGGCUGCCGAUGCACUUCCUUAACUUACUCGUAAAGUCUGAUGUAUCAAAGUCCUAAAUAUUUGUGUUUCAAGCUAAGCUACAGUCUACAGUCUUAUUUUUUUGUUAUGUUGAUGAAAUGUAGAAACAUAGCGAUGUAGCUCGUGCUAAUGAUUAAUUAAGUCAGAUUUUUUGUUAUGUUUAUAAAAUGCUAAAAGAAAGCCGUGAAGCACGUAUUAAUGAACAAUCAGUCAUUUAAGCAAGGCUGCCGAUACACUUCAUAAACGUGUAACAUCACACUUCAUGAAAUUGAAAAUAAAAACUUGGUUAAAUACAAUAGUUAACUAAUAAACCCAACAGAUUGUAAAUGCUACUGAGUAAAACUAUUUUGUUGCCAGUUUCGAUUAAAACCCAACUCCCGAUCAGAGCUAUAUGUCAGUUAUAUAUUAUUGCACUAUUGGAUAGCAUAUAAAUGUAAUUUACAGGAGAAAUUCUGGUAUUCCAAAGCUGAAAAUAUGUCGUUACCUAACCUCACAUUUGGUUGCCAAUAAGAAGCAGUAGCAUUUUCAAUGUGGUGGCUGUGAUAUCUGUUUUAGAUCUGGAAAUAUCGAAAACCAUUCAUUUCCUUGAAUUAGGGUUAGGUAGCAUGAGCAAUUUCUCUAAAUCGAGCAAUCUUCGAUGACGAAAAUUAUCAUGUUACUAAUACCCUAAUUUGGUUAGAAAACUUCAAUUAUAUUUAAAACGAAUCAAAUAAGUAAAAUAAAGCAAUUUAGGAUUAUACCCAUAUUAAUCUGUGAGCAAAUAUGUGAAAGUUAUACUUUUUCCGUUAUAAAUCAAAGUUAUACUAGGCCAGUAUUGUUCGCGUUUAAACUUGACCUGGGGUCAACCAGGCGAAUAGUGAUUUAGCGUGGGAUGUAUACUAUUUAGUAUAGAUUUUUUUCUGAGUG